AGCUCUCCUCCUCCUUCAACCACUCUCACCACGGUCUUCUCCAGCGAGGAAGAUUGGUCUCUCUCUCCUCCUCCAACCACUAAUCCAUUGUUUUCUCCGAUGAGGAAGAUUAGUCUGAGGAAGACCAUUCCGACGAGGAAGAUUAGUAUGAGGAAGACCAUUCCGACGAGGAAGACAAGUCCGACUGAGUAG